CGCAAAUCCCAAUCCCCUCAAACCGAGAUUAGAUUUCCACCACACCACUACUAGGGCUAGGGUUUAACUUCAAUGCCUUUUCAGUUUUCAGUCCUUUCGGCUUCUCAUUCCGAGCUUUCUAGGGUUUCAGCUUUCGGGAACCUUAAAAAUGGCCACAGCAACAACGGCAACAGGGGUUAAAGCGGUUGCGAAGAGGAAGCCUGUGUUCAUCAAGGUGGACCAACUGACGCCCGGCACGCAAGGCCACACCCUCGCUGUCAAGGUUGUCAGCUCCAAGCCCGUCAAGGUCACCAACAGCAAGCCUGCCCGAUCGUCUAUGAUUUUAUCUCGGCCCCUACACCCCGCACGUAUCGCCGAGUGCCUCGUCGGCGACGAGACGGGGGCCGUCGUCUUCACUGCUCGCAAUGAUCAAGUUGAUAUGAUGAAGCCAGGUGCCACUGUGAUCCUGCGGAAUGCAAAGAUUGACAUGUUUAAAGGGUCUAUGAGGCUAGCAGUUGAUAAAUGGGGACGUGUUGAGGUCACUGAACCUGCAAAUUUUGAAGUUAAAGAGGAUAACAAUCUCUCUCUUGUGGAGUAUGAGCUAGUUAAUGUCGUUGAAGAAUGAUUGUGUCGAAUGCAAGGCGAUGUUUUGGAAUUUGGGGUUUGAGUUUGUGUGCUGGCAAUGAAUUGUCGUCUGGAUUUCUAUAUAUGUUGUAAAUCUUGCUGAAGUUGUUUUUGCCCCAAAUAUAUCUGUGUUUAAUUCAAGUAAUUGUGAAAUUGGGAAA